AUCUUACUUUAAACAGCAGCGAAAGAGACGCUCUGCGGCGGUGCAGCCCGGCAGUCGGCCCGCCCAUGAGGCGGCGGGGCUGUGCCCGACCUGCCUUGAGGAGGUGACAUGGGGGACGAGCCGGCCUCGGAGGACGACACGCUGCUUCAUUCAGAGAAGGAGUUCCACGAUGCAGCGAAGCGUAAUGACACGGCCAGGAUGGAGGAGCUCAUCAAGAGGGGGGUUGAUAUCAAAGCCAAAAACAAUACAGAGCGAACUGCCUUGCACUGGGCUGCAGGAGCUGGGAAUGUGGAUGCUGUGCGACUGCUCCUGGACCAUGAUGUGCCAGUGGAUGAUGAGGACAGUUUUGGAAUGAACGCACUUCUCCUGUCUGCUUGGUUUGGCCACCUCCAUGUCCUGCAUAUCCUUGUCAAUGCUGGGGCGAAGAUAAACUGUGUUAAUAAGAAUGGCAGGAACCUGCUUCAUUGUGCAGCACAGAAGGGACACCUCCGGGUGAUGGAAUUCAUCAUGGAGGACCUAGAAGAUGUGUGCGUGGAUCAGACAGACAAGAUGGACAGGACAGCAUUUCACCUGGCUGCAGAGCAUGGUCAGCUGGAGGUGGUGGAGUUCCUAAUCCGGCACGGUUGUUCUCACAGUGCUAAAGACAAGGAAAAGGAUACAGCACUGCAUUUAGCUGCUAAAAAUGGACAUCUUUCUGUGCUGCAGAAGAUUGUAGAUGUUGGAGUUGACCUUGAUGAAAAGAACUUAGAAGGACUUACAUGUUUACACCUGGCUGCUGAGGGAGGUCACAGUGACUGUGUAAAGCUGCUCUUGGCAGCAGGUGCUGAUGUCAAUGUCCAAACUCAGAAGAAAAUGAACUGCCUUCAUUAUGCAGCGCUACAUGGCUAUGAGGAGAUAGCCAGGAUCCUUGUGGAUGCAGGAAUCCACGUCGAUGCUGUUAAUCAUCAAAAUGCUUCAGCAACACACUUGGCGGUACUGCAGAACUUCCCAGCACUGGUGAAGCUCCUCAUUGAUGCAGAGUGUGACCUUGACAUUCCAGAUAAUAGGCAGCAGACCUCACUUCACAUCGCUGCAGAGCACGGCAGGCAGGACAUCGCCGAGAUGAUUCUCAUUGCAGGAGUAAAUCUGAAACUAACGGACAAGCAGGGAAAAACAUCUCUGGAUGUUGCUGCCCGAGGCAAUCACAUCAACUUGGCAGACAUGAUUAUCAAGGCAGAUCGGUUUUACAAAUGGGAAAAGGACAACCUGAACAGUGACUCCAAUUCCUGGGUGGCAAAGCACUUGACCUUUAAGCAAGAUCACAGGGUGGAAACACAGCACAUUCGCUCAGUAAUGUGGAGGUUAGCCACUAAAUACCUCAAACCUGGUGAAUGGAAGAAGCUGGCACAUUACUGGAAAUUCACUGAUGCACAUAUUAGAGCCAUUGAGCAACAAUGGACAGGUACUGCAAGCUACAGAGAGCAUGGCCACAGGAUGUUGCUAAUCUGGCUUCACGGUGUGAUCAUGGCAGGAGAAAAUCCAGUCAAGGGGUUGUAUGAAGGUCUUGUGGGCAUUGGAAGAAGAGAUUUAGCAGAAAGCAUUCGGAAAAAAGCAAACGCAGACCCUGCUUCUCCAAAGAAGUGCACAGCAAUGUAACCCCCACUGGUUGUCACUGGCUGUCUUAUGAGCUACAAGAGAAUCACUUGCUAUGCUACUUACCAGAAGGCAGCUGUAAGUUCAGGGCUUGUCAUAAAAGUCACUGCUGCUUCCUUCUUGGUCUGGAACUACCAGGAUAUCAGCAAACAGUAGCAGUCCAAAUGCCUCCUUUAUAAAGAAGUGGGAUUUUAUUGGCUAUUCCGUAUGUUCCAAAUACUGUAAUAAGAGGUAAGUCACAGCAUGGCAAGUGAGACUAUCAGAAAAUACUGCAGUAUUGUACUGUAACUUGUUUGUGUCACAAUUUUGUAUAUAAGUUUUUAAUUGUCAAUUUUAUAAACUGGGGAGAAUGCCUUUGUUUUGAGAAAUGUUCUUUGCUUAUCUGUUUUGUGUUUGUUUCUAGUGCUUGCGCCUUAGAUUUGUUCUCAACUUCCCUCUUAGCACAGGAGUUUGUUCAGAAAAGUUGAGGUGACUGCAUGGUCUGUGAUCUUUAAGGAGAAGAUCGUUAACUUCAUCGGUGUAACAUUUAUAAAUCAGCUGGGUAACUUGAAAAGCCUAGAUGAGCACGGAGUUAUCUGUGUUCUAGGAAACAAAGAGUGAAGUUGUUAAGAUGACCUGAAGUUUUCAUCUAGAAACCUGAAUGUUUUCAUCUAGAGCACCGCUGUGUGGAUUUUACUGUUAUAACUCAAAGAUGUUAGCAUUGAUUAUUUUACAUAAUCUCUCAUAAGGCCAGUUUUCAUAAACACAGAUUUGACUCGUCAGCUUUUGUAUUUUUAGAGUGUUUUGAGUAGAAAUAAUGUCUGUAUUUCAAUGAAUCAGAAUUUUACUGUUAAAUUUGCACACUAUUGCAUAUUAUAUCCUAGUCAUUCUUUUCUUAAAAAAAGAAAAAAUACAUAAAGAAACGAAUCCAACAACAACAAAAAAAUGUGCAAUUCUGUCUCAUUGCUGACCCACCACAACCUUGUAAGUAGAACUGU